AUGGCUCAGUCGAUUGGACCAAGGCUGUAUAGUUGCUGCAACUGCAGGAACCAUGUAGGACUUCACGAUGAUAUCAUCUCUAAGGCUUUUCAGGGAAGAACUGGGCGAGCCUUCCUCUUUUCCCACGCAAUGAACAUUGUGGUAGGACCUAAAGAAGACCGGCAUCUUCUAACGGGUCUCCAUACUGUAGCUGAUAUAUCUUGUGCUGACUGCAAUGAGCCGUUGGGUUGGAAGUACGAGCGAGCUUAUGAGACUUCACAAAAGUACAAGGAGGGCAAAUUCAUAUUCGAAAAGGCUAAGAUUGUCAAGGAGGAUUGGUAG